CGAACACGUACAUUGCCAAGGCCAAACCCAAACAUUGACAAACAUAUUAUUAUCUCAUUUUUCAACAAGACUGGUAUUGGGGGGUAAGAAAACAAACCAACGCAUUUUUGUCAUCGCUGCAAAGGUUGGAGCACAAUAGGAGCUGGCCGUGGAACUGUGCUAAUUGAUCCAACAGACCAGCCGUGUUCAGUGCACCAGGGGGAGCCAUGUCUGACCCGUUCACGGCGUACCCGGCUCGUGUGUGUGGUUGGGGCUACGGCAUUGGCGAGGCCUUGAGAGGUCCCUUCGGCCCCCCUGUGGCGAGGCUAUGCUACGCAAUGGCGACAGGUUUCAUAUUCGGCCACACUCUCUAUAAACCCUACGUGGCAAACAGA